CACUUUGCGGAACGUGUUGGCAGCACCGCUCCAGCUGAGCCACUGUGAGACGUCGAAAUUCUAGUUCUUCUAAUGUAGAAAACGCAAAAUAACCUUUAUAAGCUAAAUGUUUUGGCCACCACGCUGAUUAAUGUAAAGAAAAUGAGAGUAGAAGAGUUGACAACGAGGAAGACAAGUAAAAUCACACGCGCAGCAAACGACGAUCGCGACCACGACGACUACGACGACGAAUACAAAGUUCUUGGUGUGCGCGGGGCGCGGUGUACAUGUACCCAAGCGUUGCUCAACUGCGGCUACUGCAACCACAGCCACGGACAGAUUCUACGUCCAGUAGGAGGCGGCGUGCAGGCGUACGCUGAAAAAUCAAUUGCUUCGCGUAGCGAAGGUGGUAGUGGUAGGUUCUAUUAAGUGGUUUCAUAGUAGCAGAGCAUUUGGGUAAGCCGAAAACGGGAGCAACAUGGACAUUGAAAAGGUGUUCAGCGACUUGGAAUCCAAUCAGGCGCACGAAAACGAGGAGGCCAAAAAGAAACUUGUGGAGCUCUUUACGCAAACUAAGGAGCAAUGGGCGGUGCAGUAUAUGCUGGAAUAUUUUAUCAAAACUGGCUCCAAGCGCAUUAUGGAAGUGCUUGUCAAGGCGCAGACACCUCACGAUGGCUAUAUAUUUGACCGUCUCGACGAAUGGCUAAAAACUCAACAAUAUCGCGUUCAGGCUCUUAAUGUCUUCUGUUUCAUCGUGCGACGUCAUCCCACGUGGUUGUAUAAAAUUGAAAAGCAUAGGCUCAUCAAGAGUGUGUUUAAGUUGCUGACGCAUGAGAAGGACAUUGUACCGUUGAUGAGCGCUCUACUUUGCAUUAUUACGCUGCUGCCUAUCAUACCCAACUCGGUGCCGAACUUUUUAAACGAUCUCUUCGACGUGUUUGGCCACUUGGCCUCGUGGAAAUUGCAGAACACCAAUCGCUUGCCUGAAGAAAAGCUUGUGCACUUGCAGGUGGGCCUGCAAAUGUUAUUCCAUCGUUUGUAUGGCAUGUAUCCAUGCAAUUUUCUGGGCUAUUUGACUGAUUUCAUCAAGAAGGACAAAGGCGGUGGCAUUUUUCAGCAUACAAUCAAACCACUGUUGGAUACUGUACGUGUACAUCCUAUGCUGCUGACGGCAACAACUGAAACGGAGGUGAGCAACACGCGAUGGAAAGAAAUGGAGCCACACGAUGUAGUCAUGGAGUGUGCUCACCUGUCCUUGCCUGUGGUGCAUCCGGAUUUCUGCAAUGAUGAUAAUACAUCGACAUAUCCAAUAACACCGGGCAGCAUGUUAUGCGGCACUCCUUGCUACAGUCGAAUGACCUCAACAAACUCCAAUAGCGAGUAUUCCAAUAGCACCUAUCAGCUGAAACUUUUGCCGCAAGCCCGAGACUUUAUAGCAUGCAUAGAUAACAACAGCAGCCAACUAUGGAGUCCGCACAAUGAGAUAACAGCAGCGACUAGCGCCAUACCGCUAACACCCACUGCACAGUUUAUAUUGCCGUUGCCAACAUCAAGCAAUUCCCAGUUGUUGGGCGUGACGGGCUCGUCACCACCUGAAGCCGCUGUUGAGGCCACUCCCGAGACGACGCCCAUGAAGGACUUUAAGCAACAGCAUGGCAUGGGUGCCGCUUUGGCCAAUCCGCAUGCCGUGCGCGCCAUAUUCGGUAACAGUCAACCCUCGUCACCCAUGCGCAAAGAUCAGCAGCAGAAUCAAUUUAGUUUUCCCGAUAUCAGCACUGAUCUCACAAAUAUCGUAGCAGGCUCGACAAUAACCACCACUAGCACCACAGUAACGACUCGAGUGACGACCACAUAUGAUAGACAAUUGCAGCAGGUGCUUCAGGAUCGACAUGCGCAAACUCCGUUUCAUCCGAUAGAGACGCGCUCCAGCCGGCCAGAGGAACAACAUCACAAUCAACGUUCUAUGAUUUUUCCGAAUAGCAUGCCUGAAAUGAAUACAGAAAUGCUGCUAACGGCAACGACAGCGGGAAACAAUCAGCAACUCACCAUGCAGACGACGAUGGGAACGGGAAUGGCAACGACUAUCGAGUCAAAGGAUUUGACCACCGGCUGUGGGGAAUGCAAUGAAACGGAGCGCAACAUGUGUACCUCCGGCGGAUUGCAUAUGCCGACGCAAGGCGUGAUGCGUAGAUUAGCCAAGAAGGUUAAUCGACGGAAUCGCAUGGCCAGCGAUUGUUACAAUGAUUAUCACUGUGAGCCGUUCAAUAGCUCAGCAUCAAAGCGAGGGGCAGCUACUGCGCAAGACCAAAAGAAAUUGCGACGAACCCAAUCGUGUCCGGCAUUUAACAACCUCUUCGACGACGACGAUGAAGCUGACUGUCCGACACAUAAUGGAACGACAACGGUGACAAUGACGGAUGCGCAGACAAACAAGACUGGUAGCCGCCUGCAACGCAGUGGCAAAAUAUUGGCCAUGGCCAUGGCGCCCAAAAUAAUUCAACCCAUACGCUAUGCCAAUGCGGGCACGCAAACGUUGGAAAUGGAGCCAUCAUCAAAUUAUGAGAUUUCACUGUUCGAGCUACUCUCUGAUUGCAAUGAGAAGCGCAAUAAGUACGAAAAAAAUCGGUUAUAUCCACAGGACAUACUUGAUCAAUAUAUUAUGCGAUCCAUACACACCACCAAGGACAGCUUUGAUGCCGAGCAACAACAGCUAAUGGCGUUGGAGUUACAAUAUGAGAGUUAUCGACGUGGCAUACACGCUGAACGCAAUCGCCGUCUCAUGGGACGUAGUCGUGACAAGCGUAGUCUAGAAAUGGAACGCGAUCGUUUGCUGGAACAGCUCAAGAACUUUGGUGCUAAGAACAAGGAAUUACAACUCAAAAUGGACAACGCCAUCAAAUUGUCCGCCGAGCGGCAGAAUAUUUACAACGAGGAACUCGCAGAUUUAAAGGUAAAAUAUCAGCAAGAACUGGAACAGAAGAAAUGUUUGCGACAGGCAAACGAUGCUCUCCAAACGCGACUAAACGCCGAAUUGUCGGAACGCAAAGAGGUCAAUUAUGAGCUGCAGGCGAUGCGUGGCCAGAUAUUCAACCUAAAUACGGAGCUCCAGCAUGCACAACAACAAGCUGAGGUGGGAAUGCAGUGCAAACAGGAAUUGUCACGUCUAGAAGCUGAGUUUAUCAUUAUGGGCGAGGUGCAGGUGCGUUGUCGUGAUCGCCUGGCCGAAAUAGAAAAUUAUCGGUCGCGCGACGAGGAACUCCAAAUGCUACAAGAAAGCUACAACAAGGAAAUAAGUGAUCUUAGGCACUGUCUGGAUGAGAAGACAUCACAGAUAGAGAGCACCAAGCAUAGAACCAUUGAACUUCAAACUCAACUCGUCAACAGCGAGAAGGUUAUCAAGGAACAGAAACGUUUGCUGCGUGCCGUAAAGGAAGAAUACGAGGAGAUGUUCAAGUCACUGAACAAAAAAUACGACACGCAGAAGAAAAUAAUCAUUCAAAUGGAGGAGAAGCUUAUGAUGUCGUUGCACCAGCCGCAAAGCGGAGCUGGACACAACACGUGCUCCCCGGAUACAGACAGGACUGACAUUGCAUCAUCAAUGGAUCGGAACUCACCGCUAUCGACGUCGCUCGCUUCAAGCGAAAGUCUCUCAGCUAGUUUGCGUUCAACAGAGUUGAAAAAUCUACAACAACUUGUGGAGACGCCGUCAAUACCAGAAGUUAUGAGUACCAUGGCUGCGAAUACAUAUGAGGAUAACACACGCCUGCCAGCCGUCGAUUUGGCCUCAUCCGCCACAACUGCAAACGCCAUCAACAUAAUGCACUCGACGGCAACGGUCUCACUGCCGCAUGCACAGGAACUACCGACAACAUCUAAUACACAUGCCCACCCACAUUUACACCUGCAAUAGCAACAACAUAAACAGUAACAGUAGUUACAACAUUAAAAACAAAAGCAGGGGCAAAUCCAAUAACACAAACAUAUAUGAAAAUUUGCAAAUACCGCUUUGUCCCACACUUAUUAUUAUAAAUAUGGUCUAUUUUUGAAUCGCAGCGUCUAGGUUUUUCUAAUUAUAUAAACAUAUUAAACGUAAUCGAAAGUUAAAAA